AUGGACAUUAUGCAGUUGAGACGUGUGUUUACAGUGUUCCUCUUUCUCCAAAGGGUUACCAGUGACAAUGUGCUGAUCUGGCCUGCAGAGGCCAGUCACUGGAUUAAUUUAAAACCUGUCAUUGAGGAGCUGAUCGAUAGGGGUCAUAACGUUACUGUGGCUGUACAUACAGCUGCACUUUCCAUCAACUAUACUGAGCCUUCACGCAUGAAAUUUGAAGUAUUUGAAGUACCGUUUACCCGUGACACAUACCGAGAUCUUCUGAAGAGCUUUGUGCAUUUCUGGACCUAUGAGAAACCUCAUUUACCCUUCUGGGACGGAUUCAGAAGAUUCUCAAAAAUCAUCACAACUUCAAUAAAACUGAACAGACAGAUCUGUGAUGGGAUAAUAAAGAACCACAAACUGCUGCAAAAACUACAAGAGUCAAAGUUUGGAGUUCUGCUGUCUGACCCUGGGAAUUCUUGUGGUGAUCUUCUGGCUAUAAAGCUGGGAAUUCCCUUCAUCUUCACUCUGAGAUUCUCCUUCGGAUCUGCAAUGGAGAGACUCUGUGGACAACUGCCAGCUCCUCCUUCCUACGUACCAGUUGCAAUGUCAGGGCUUUCUGAUAAAAUGACAUUUGCUGAGAGAUUUCAGAAUAUUCUUUACAUGCACAUGUACAGCUUGAUGUACAAAUGGUUCUGGCUUGAAUGGGACACGUAUUACAGUGAAGCUAUAGAGGCCAGUCACUGGAUUAAUUUAAAACCUGUCAUUGAGGAGCUGAUUGAUAGGGGUCACAACGUUACUGUGGCUGUACAUACAGCUGCACUUUUCAUCAAUUAUUCUGAGCCUUCACGCAUGAAAUUUGAAGUAUUUGAAGUGCUGUUUACCCAUGACACAUACCGAGAUUUUAUGGAGAACAUUCUGCAUUUUUGGAUCUCUGAGGUUCACAAUUUAUCCUUCUGGGAUAGAUACAGAAGAUUCACAGAAUUGGUCAAAACUGUAACAAAACUGAACAGACAGAUCUGUGAUGGAAUAAUAAAGAACCACAAACUACUUCAAAAACUGCAAGAGUCAAAGUUUAGAGUUCUGCUGUCUGACCCUGUGAAUCCUUGUGGUGAUCUUCUGGCUAUAAAGCUGGGAAUUCCCUUCAUCUUCACUCUGAGAUUCUCCUUCGGAUCUGUAAUGGAGAGGCUCUGUGGACAACUGCCAGUUCCUCCGUCCUACGUACCAGUUGCAAUGUCAGAGCUUUCUGAUAAAAUGACAUUCGCUGAGAGAUUUCAGAAUAUCCUUUACAUGCAAAUGUACAGCUUGAUGUGCAAAUGGCUCUGGCUUGAAUGGGACAUGUAUUACAGUGAAGCUAUAGGUAAACCAACCACAUUCUGUGAAACAAUGGGCAAGGCUGAAAUUUGGCUGAUUCGGACGUAUUGGGAUUUUGAAUUUCCUCGCCCAUUUCUGCCCAAUUUCAUGUUUGUAGGAGGGCUUCACUGUCGACCAGCAAAACCCCUGUCUCAGGAGUUGGAAGAAUUUGUUCAGAGUUCUGGGGAACAUGGCAUCGUUGUGUUUUCUCUGGGCUCAAUAGUUAAGAACCUUACAGCUGAGAAAGCUGAUGUGAUUGCUGAAGCAUUGGGACAGAUUCCACAAAAGGUUCUUUGGAGCUAUGCCGGUGAUCAACCAAAGAAACUGACACCUAACACAAAGAUAUAUAAAUGGCUGCCUCAAAAUGACCUGCUUGGGCAUCCCAAGACUAGAGUAUUUAUCACUCAUGGUGGUACAAAUGGAAUAUAUGAAGCUAUUUACCAUGGAGUGCCCAUGAUUGGAAUUCCUCUAUUUGCUGAUCAACCUGAUAACAUGGUUCACAUGAAGGCAAAGGGAGUUGCUGUGGUCCUCAACUUUAUCAACCUUAAAACUCAGGACUUAAUUGAUGCUCUCAACAUGGUGAUCAAUGAUACAAGGUACAGAGAAAAUGCAGUGAAGUUAUCUCAAAUUCAGCAUGACCAACCAAUGAGUUCGUUGGGGAGAGCUGUGUUCUGGAUUGAGUUUGUAAUGCGCCACAGAGGAGCUCAACAUUUACGGUCUGCAGCACAUUCCCUGUCCUGGUACCAGUACCAUUGUCUAGAUGUGAUAGCAUUCUUGGUUGCUUGUGUGGCAGCCAUCGUAUUUGUCCUCACAAAAUGUUGCAUGUUUUGCUGCAGAAAAUGCAGGGGUUCAAGGGGAAAGAAAAACAAAACUGAGUAAUGGUCUGUAAUACAUAGGAUUACCAUAAAUUUAUAGUAUCAUUUAAUUACACUGGAACUUCUACUCUUGUUGGUUAAAAUGUUAAUGCCCCUCAAACCAAUUAUUGCUAUUGUCAAACUAGAGUACAAAAAAAAUCGUUGGAAUUCAUGAUCAUAUUUAUCGCCAAUUUAUUGAAGUUUCAAUUCCCAGAUGAAUCUUUCAUUGCAGCCAGUUGAUGCAUCUCUCCAAAAUUAAGCUAUGCUUAAAGAAUGUUGUACUUUUACAUGUUUUAAAAAUAUAUUCAUUCUCGAGAUGUGGGCAUCACUCACAAUUUAUUGCCUAUCCCUCAUUGUCCUUGAAAAGAUGCUGGUGGCCUUUUUUGCUACUGUUCAUGUGGUGAAGAUGCUCCCAUAUUGCUGUUAGUUAGGUAGCUUCAGGAUUUUGACCAGCAACAAUGAAGGAACAGACGAUAUAUGUAGAAGUCAGGAUAGUAUGUGACAGUUUAUGGAGACAAAUAGUGUGAAAAUGCCUAUGCAUUUAUUUAUUUGCAUACAUGUAUCUCUACACUGAGGCAAAGAUAUUUGCAGGAACUAUGUAAGUUGUAUGUUUUGUGCCUCAAUGCUUUAAAUGUUGAUAACAUGGCAAACUUGACAUCAUCACAGGUCAGCACGUUGAUCUGAAUUAGCCAGAUUAAGACUCCCACUUAGUCCCUUAUCAAAAAAGUCCCAUCCAAGUAUCAUGGUUAAUUCCCUGCCUGUCAUGGCACCUGCUCCUGGUUCAGGUUUUCACAGCCAAAUAACUGCAGAUAAGGGUUUCCUGAUUUGGUGGUUUAACAUGUGCUAGGUUGCUUCACAAGAUCAUGGGUAGAAGCUUCUGUUCGGCAUGCGGGGGUGGCCCUGCACGCCAAUGUGUAAAAUGAUACGUGGUGAUGUCGGGCAUGCAUCCCAACGUCACUGCGCAUCAUUCUGAUCUUUAGUUCGGCGGGCACACAGCUGUGCGUCCGCCAAACUGUCAAAGCCCUGU